AUGGCUUCGCGAAGAGUUAAUUCUGCUCCAUUUAAAAAGGACACACAGCUUUGCCGCGAUCUUGAUAACUGCGAGGACACGUCAUCGGGAAGAGCAAUUAAGCCGGCAAACGCCACCAUACCCGGUUGGCCUUGUACGCUCCUCAAUGAUUUCAGCAAUGUCGAACGGUUCCUCUGUCGGGAGUUUGUUGCACCCGACCUCGAAGAAAUCGCGCCACAUCUAUGGAUAUUAUCGACACAGUCGAGCACAAACAUAAACUCGCUACACCGACAAAAGAUCAAAGGCAGAGAAAUAAUCGUUACGGAAGAUCCUCGCUUGCAUCUAGUCUGGAUUCACGACCGAAUCUUCAUUAAGCCUCUCCCAAAAUACAUUCUAUCGCACACGUUUUGGAACAUGUUUCUUUCGGAACGAUCUGCUCGCCUAUCAGAGAACUGCGAAACAAUCCUUAAGGCUGCUAAAGGAUACCUACGGACCUACCGAUACCUAAUCUGGCACGAAUCCGAUUUCCUUAUCGCUAAGCAGGACCAUUUACGACUCGUGCCACCCGAUACGGAGUGGGUGGACUAUUGCCGGUUUAUCGCCGAGAUUGAGCAUAUUGACGACAGAGACGUGUCCAGGCGCUACCAAUAUGGCGAGCUACGGCUUUCUCGGCUUAACCUUUAUGCCCCCUUUUUACUGCAUAAGUUCCACUAUGAGCAAAUCCAUGGACAGUAUGCAGACUAUUUUUCUGGGCUGUACGGGCCGGUUCUAUUUUUUUUUGCUAUUGUUACAACUAUACUCAACGGGAUGCAAGUCGAAUUAGCUGUUGAGGGAUUGCUGCCGGCACAUUGGGAUCGUUUAUGGUCUUUUUAUCGUUGGUUUAGCACUAUGGCUUUGGUUGGGACAGCCUUUGUAGGUUUGGCCUUUGUGCUACUCUGGCUGUGGAUGGUUGUUGACGAAUGGCUGUAUGCGAUAAGGCAUCGGUGGAAAAAGCACUAUAAAAGCCACAACGCCUUGGAUUGUUAAAGUGGUCACACUUGGGAUUUACACAGCCAGUAAUAUAUCUCCACGUUGCUUUCUUAGGUACACU